UGCUGGGUCCAGGGAGAGAUAUAGUGAAUGCGGGGUCCAGGGAGAGCGGAUAUAGUAAAAUUGCAGGGAGAGCGGAUAUAGUGAAUGCAGGGUCCGGGAGACCAGAUAUAGUGAAUGCAGGGUCCGGGGAGAUCGGAUAUAGUGAAUGCAGGGUCCAGGGAGAGCGUGGGAUAUAGUGAAUUCGGGGGUCCAGGGAGAGCGGAUAUAGUGAAUGCAGGGAGAGCGGAUAUAGUAAAUGCAGGGAGAGCGGAUAUAGUAAAUGCAGGGUCCGGGGAGAGCGGAUAUAGUGAAUGCGGGGUCCGGGUGAGAGCGGAUAUAGUGAAUGCGGGGUCCGGGGAGAGCGGAUAUAGUGAAUGCGGGGUCCGGGGAGAGCGGAUAUAGUGAAUGCAGGGUCCGGGGAGGGCGGAUAUAGUGAAUGCGGGGUCCGGGGAGAGCGGAUAU